CGGGGCCGACGUGGACCCCGUCUGCAAUAAGGGCAACACGCCUCUCCACGACGCAGCUUCAAAUGGGAAGCUUCUGGCGGUGGGCGCCCUGAUUGGCCUCGGGGCGUCCACCAGCAAGAAGAAUAAGGACGGCAAGACUCCACAGGACCUGUUGGGGACAACUUCCGCUGACAGAGUCUUCUCCAUGGUAAUGGCAGCCGGCAACCAGACGGGCGAUAUGGAGUCUUGGUUUUCGCUGCCAUGCUUUGCGCCCCAGUGCUGGUGCCAGGCUGGGCGCCGUGGUCGCUGGCCGCCCUUACUGCUGUUUAUUAGUCGAGAACUGAAACGAAUGCGAAGGAAAGUGCUAGGAGAGGAGGAAGAUGCAGGUCAGUCAUGUCGUGUGGAUAUGCAGAGCACUCAGAGAAAGAUCAUGAUAUUAAAUACAGAGCGGAAGAAGUACGACUCGAAAGCGGCGGAGGCGGCCACCCUGCAGAAGAAGUACGACUCGAAAGCGGCGGAGGCGGCUGCAGAAGGAGUACGACUCGAAAGCGGCGGAGGCGGCCAACCUGCAGAAGGAGUACGACUCGAAAGCGGCGGAGGCGGCCAACCUGCAGAAGGAGUACGACUCGAAAGAGGCGGAACCUGCAGAAGGAAAACGGAGACAGAAACUGAAGGAAAAGGAAGCAGAAAUCAAACAAGUAGAGACCGAGUGCGAGGCCAAGAUGCGGGACACGAACACAGCCUACAACGCCAAGGAGGACGAGGCAUACGACCUGAAGAGGGAGAAGGGAGACCUGAUGCUAGAGAUAGGGAGAAAGGAAGAGGAGAUAAAAAGCUAGAGGGCCAGGUGAAGAAGGCGCGAAGGGACCGGCAAAGGGGCGAGAGAGAGGCCGGGGCCGAGAGGGAAGGCUUCAAUGCGCAAAUCGCAGGCCUUGAGGAACGCAUUGCAACUCUCCAGUCUCAUCUGGAAGAAGAAUCGCGCAAGAAUCGAGCGCUGACGACGCAGAUCGCAGAGAAGGAGAGCGAGCUCACGCAAGCCGAGGCAGAUCACGAGAAAAGGGUGAAGAACCUCAAAAAAAGGGAGAAGAGGAAAGAGAAAGAGGCAGCCGAGGACAGAGGCGAGCUUGAGAGCGAACUCAAGAGACGAGACAAGAAGAUCGAGGACCUCAAGAAGAAACUAAGAGACCAAGAAGAAGAAAAAGAAGUCGACCCGCAGUCCGAGGAGGAAGACAGCCUGCUGAAGCGAAUGAUGGUGAGUGCCCCGCGUCCAGACGCUUCCCUCUCCGUCGGGUGAAAUAAAGGCUAUUUC